AACAGUGGUGCUGACACGCAGAAAUCUGGAGGCGUGUCGCGAUUUUUUGUUUAUUUUGUAUUUUCUUUAAUAAAGCUUAAAAUUAAGAUUGAAGUUAUUUUAGGUUUUAGUUAUUUUAGUCACUGUAUGCUUUAUCUCUGAUUUUGUCUUCGGUUGGGCCUUCAUUGCUUCGUGUACCUCGUUUCACGCGUUGCUGUUUCGAGUCGACAGCGUUUGACAGUCGCUCUCACCGUGAGCCAAGUCGCGUUUGGUUGGCCAUCGAGCCAGCUCGCCCUCUAGUUCCCCAUGUAUUGCUAUCUACCGUUAUGAGUAACGGGUAAGCCAUUCGGAGGAGUAGUUGACGAGAGGUAGCUAACGUUAAGCGCGCAAAACCGCAUAUCUGCAUUUCGCCAAUGGGCUCAUGAUAACAGGUGUUGUAAGCUAACGUUAGCUCGUUGAAUGAGCAGCUGUGAACUGACACCUGGUUGACAGCUACAGACGGAAGAAAAGGCUAAACUUGCGUGCUGCGUAUUGUUGUCAGUGUGAGCUGUCCAUAUUAAACAGUCGGGAACUUGGCACCGGCAGCUGUUCGCCUGUCUGUGUACAAAGCAGUCGGGCACCGUUAGAUGCCUUUCGACUCGAAACAACCCCUCGUCAAAAAAUAAGAAGCUUUCAUCUAGAGAAGACUCAGUCUCUUAACGCGGUCCUGCUGCACUGAGACGCACGGGCGGAUAUAUUGACGGAAGGACGGACAUAUAGACCCACUCCCCUGGCGCCUCUUCCCCAUCUCGGCUGUUCUCCCCCCCCCCCCCCCCCCCUAUAUGGAGCGCGCUAUGGAAUACCCUCGCCCAGCGGAGUGGCACAGUCCUCCUCUGUAGAGCCCUCUCCUGGGAACACACUCCGUAAGGAAUCGGCACAGAACAGCUGAUCUCCUCAUCAGUCGCUUGAGUCCUCCUACCCUGCCUUGAGAAGAUGUCCGUGAGCCUGGCUGAGGAGGACGUUCAGACGGAGGGUGGAAGUAGUAGACCGCUCAAUGAUGACUCGAUGAGGAAGCACUCCCCAUCCCCUGAACCUUUCCAGGGACAGGAGGGCACCGUGGGCACCGUGGGCACCGGGGAGGGCAUGGAGGCAGAGGAGAGCGCCACACAGGACUCACAGAGGCGUACUCAGAACCACGGACACGGCAGGAAAAGGGCCAGGUCCAAUGCCAAGCUGAAGCUGGUGAGGAGCCUGGCGGUGUGUGAGGAGUCAUCAGGUCCGUUCUGUACUGACGGACCUCCAGACAUUAUCCAACUCCACAUCAGCUGUCCCUCGGACAAGGAGGAGGAGAAGUCUUCUAAGGAUGACUAUGAGAACGAGGAUGAGGAGGAGAAGAACAGGACUCCACGCAAGAUGCUGUCACGAGACUCCAGCCAGGAGUACACAGACUCCACUGGCAUCGAUGUGCACGACUUCCUGGUCAACACACUGAAAAACAACCCCAGGGAUCGAAUGAUGCUGAUGAAACUAGAACAAGAUAUCCUGGAGUUCAUUAAUGACGACAAUAACCAGUACAAGAAGUUUCCCCAGAUGACGUCGUAUCACCGCAUGCUGCUGCACCGUGUAGCGGCCUACUUUGGCAUGGACCACAACGUAGACCAGACUGGCAAGGCCGUCAUCAUUAACAAGACUGGCAACACACGCAUCCCAGAGCAGAGGUUCUCAGAGCAUAUCAAGGAUGAGAGGAACACGGAUUUCCAGAAGAAGUUUAUCCUCAAGAGAGACGACGCCAGUAUGGACAAGGACGAUAAUCAGAUCCGCGUGCCGCUGUCGGACGGGCGGCGCAGCAAAUCCAUAGAAGAGAGGGAGGAGGAGUAUCAGAGGGUACGAGACCGGAUCUUUUCCCGAGAAUCCUCUCAAAAUGGAUACAUCAACGACAACAGACUUUCCCCUGAAGGCUACUCCUCUACCUCUCAAAAGAGGAGGCAGAUCUUUAGGGGUAACCUUGAGAGCUCCAGCCGUGCGUCCAGCAGUCGUCAGAGCAGCACUGACAGUGAUAUGAAGUGCCUGGAGCCAAGACCCUGGAGCAGCACAGACUCUGAUAGUUCAAACAGGACCCUACGGCCCCCGGUCACCAAGGCUUCCAGCUUCUCCGGCAUCUCCAUUCUGACCAGAGGAGAUAGUCUGGGCAGCAACAAGAGCUCUCAGGGCAGCUGCAGGGGCUCACGCACUGGACUCCCACUGGUGAGUUCAGACAUGUGUCCCCAGCCCCCAGUCCCCCAGCCUGGCCCCUGCCCCGGGGGUCACAGUCUGCUGCCCUGCCCCUCCCAGGUCCAGACCCAACCCCCCCAGACCGCCCUACUGCCCACCCCACAGCAACACCCCAUGGGCAACUAUAACCAUAACCACAUGACUCAGCCGGUGGGGUCUCUGCAGCCCUCUCAACCUGUGUCCUACUCCUCCUCCUGUCCCCAGGUCCUCCUGCCUGUCUCUUCCCCCCAGCAGUACAUGGGUGAGGAGCUGGCUCCCCACUUCAGCCUGAUGACUCUGAGUCGACAGAGUUCCAGGGAGGCCCCGGAGCCCCCCGCCAUGUACCAGACCCAGGGGCCCACUGUCCUCACCCAACACCCUCCACCCCAGACGGGCUAUAUCAUGGCCACCACGGCCCAGCCCCUGUCCCCUCAGUCUGGCUACCAGGCUAACACCAGACACCUCCAUCAUCAUCCUCCUCCUCCACCCCCUCCUCCACCCCCUCCCUCCCAGACCAUCAUGCAGCCCCCACCACCACCGCAGGGGUACAUGCAGCCGUCUCCCCCUCAACAGAUAUCUUAUUUCACCCCUGGGCAGCAGUACCCCAGCACAGGGCAGCAGUACCCCAACACAGGGCAGCAGUACCCCAGCACAGGGCAGCAGUACCGGCCUGGACCCAUGUCUCAUCAGGUGUCCUACCCUGCUCAGCCCAUGCCCCAGCCCAUGGCUCAGCCCAUGCCCCAGCCCAUGCCCCAGCCCAUGGCUCAGCCCACACAGCAGUCUGCAGCUCUCCAGACCAUGAUGCCCAGCCAGCAGCCCCAGUACCAGGGAAUGAUAGGAGUAUCCCAGCAGCCCCAGAACCAGGCCCUCCUCACCUCCCAGGGGCAGGGCAUGCAUGGACAGGUGACGGCCAUGAUGGUUCAGUACCCACAGAUGCCCUCAUAUCAGCAGGUCCCUGUGGCCAGUGACUCUCAACAGGUGAUCCAGCAGUACCAGCAGCAGGUCAUGGUGCCAGUCAGUCAGUCUGUGCAGACUGUCCAGGGGCCCAUGCCUGUAUACUACAGCGUCAUCACCCCCACACAACAGAACAGCACAAGUCCAUCAGUAGGGUACCUGCAGCCCAGCUCAGAGCAGUACCAGAUGAGCCCGUCUACUUCUCCCUGCAACCCUCCACAGAUACAGCAGCAAUAUUCAGGGGUGGCCCCCCCAGGGCCUGGGGUGAUGGUCAUGCAGCUUAGUGUCCCCAACGGACCCCAGCCUACCCACAAUCCUCCUCUGGUCCAGUGGAACUCCUGCAAGUACUACAGCCUCGAGCAGAGACCCAGUAAGCCUGGAGACCUCUACAAAUCUGACAACACACAACAGACGAGUACACAGAUGCAGAGCAGUCCUCUGUCCUCCCCCACCCAGUCUCCUGCCCCCUCCCCCUCAGGCAGCGUGAGCAGUGUCUGUCCAGGCCUCGGCCCUCUGCCCCUACUGUCACAGUUCCCCCGGCCCGGACCAGGGCCCGCACAAGGUGACGGGCGCUACUCUCUGUUGGGCCAGCCUCUCCAGUACAGCCUCUGUCCCUCUCCUCUCAUCCACAGCCAGACCAAUUACAGCUCACAUCAGAGCCAGGUAGGAAUGAAGCAUGGGGCGAGAGGGAAGAGACAGACACUGAAGUCUCAAUCUACAGACCUGGGGACCACUGACGUAGUGGUGAGUCGGGUGCUGGAGGUGACAGAUCUCCCAGAGGGCAUCAGUCGCCCUGAGGCUGAGAAGCUCUUCAACCAGCUGUCCAUGUGCGGUGCGAAGAUCCAGUGGCUCAAGGACCCGGUGGCGGGGGGCCGUGGAGGCUACGGUGGCCCAGGAGGGCAUCGUGGUCCUGGGAUGGGGCCUGGAGGGGGGAAGGGCGACAGCAGCGACCCGGCUCACCUCUACACGGUGGUGGCUGUGUUCCCUUCCACCAUGGCUGCACAGAGUGCUUCCUUCAAACUCAACAACAGCGGGGCGAACCUCUUCAAACUGAGGGCCGCCAAAAAGAACUAUGACCUAAGAGUCCUGGAGAGGGCCAGCUCCCAGUGAAGAGGAGGGGGAGAGGGCCAGCUCCCAGUGAAAAGGAAGAGUCCUGGAGAGGGCCAGCUCCCAGUGAAGAGGAAGAGGGGGAGAGUGCCAGCUCCCAGUGAAAAGGAAGAGUCCUGGAGAGGGCCAGCUCCCAGUGAAGAGGAAGAGGAGGGGAGAGGGCCAGCUCCCAGUGAAAAGGAAGAGUCCUGGAGAGGGCCAGCUCCCAGUGAAGAGGAAGAGGAGGGGAGAGGGCCAGCUCCCAGUGAAGAGGAGGGGAGAGGGCCAGCUCCUAGUGAAGAGGAAGAGGAGGGGAGAGGGCCAGCUCCCAGUGAAAAGGAAGAGGAGGGGAGAGGGCCAGCUCCCAGUGAAGAGGAAGAGGAGGGGGAGAGGGCCAGCUCCCAGUGAAAAGGAAGAGUCCUGGAGAGGGCCAGCUCCCAGUGAAAAGGAAGAGUCCUGGAGAGGGCCAGCUCCCAGUGUAAAGGAAGAGGAGGGGAGAGGGCCAGCUCCCAGUGUAAAGGAAGAGGAGGGGAGAGGGCCAGCUCCCAGUGAAGAGGAAGAGUCCUGGAGAGGGCCAGCUUCCAGUGAAGAGGAAGAGGAGGGGGAGAUGGCCAGCUCCCAGUGAAAAGGAAGAGUCCUGGAGAGGGCCAGCUCCCAGUGAAAAGGAAGAGUCCUGGAGAGGGCCAGCUCCCAGUGAAAAGGAAGAGUCCUGGAGAGGGCCAGCUCCCAGUGAAAAGGAAGAGUCCUGGAGAGGGCCAGCUCCCAGUGAAAAGGAAGAGUCCUGGAGAGGGCCAGCUCCCAGUGUAAAGGAAGAGGAGGGGAGAGGGCCAGCUCCCAGUGUAAAGGAAGAGGAGGGGAGAGGGCCAGCUCCCAGUGAAGAGGAAGAGUCCUGGAGAGGGCCAGCUUCCAGUGAAGAGGAAGAGGAGGGGGAGAGGGACUUCUGAAAAGUAGGACUGAGGGGACUGAACAGUUUGGACGGACAGGAAGGGGGGACAAGACGUCAAGGGGGACAAGUGAACACAGAACACAAACUGAGAAGAUAUUUUCAUUUUCAAUUGUUUUGUUUUAUAUUAUUGAUACCUAAAGAGCACAUAAGAUACGCGAGCAUGUGGAUCACUGUUGCUGUGUAUUUGUGCUAACAUCCACGCCCAUGCACAGACAGGCAACAGCGUCACGUGGCACUCCUGAACACACUGGACAGUCAACUUCAGUCCACCUCUCUCUCCUCUCUCUCUCUCUCUCUCUCUCUCUCUCUCUCUCUCUCUCUCUCUCUCUCUCUCUCUCUCUCUCUCUCUCUCUCUCUCUCUCUCUCUUAUUUAAACGUUCAUAUGCACAGUUGCUCUCUUUCUUUUAUCUUUCUCUCCUACCCCAACUCUCUCUAUUUAGCCAAUUGUCUCAUACUCUGUCAUGCUCUCGUUCUCUCUGCACAUUCUCUAACUGCUCUCACCUGCUUUCUGUUGGCCUUUAUACUGCUGUUGUGGGUUUCUGUAUAUCGCUGUUUUUCUCAGAAGAGUUUUGUUCUUUUUUGGUUCUAUAUAUAUUUAUAUAAGUGACGUAUGGAAUUAAAUUAAUUAUAUAUUCAGUGACCUUUUCAGUGGAUAAGUUUACCCCGUUCUACCUACCUCACCAGCCCAACUACCCCCUCCUCACCUACCCUACCAGCCCAACUACCCCUGUCCUAGCCUACCUCACCACCCCACCUUACCCUGUCCUAGCCUACCUCACCAGCCCAACUAACCCUGUCCCAGCCUACCUCACCAGCCCAACUAACCCUGUCCUAGCCUACCUCACCAGCCCAACUAUCCCUGUCCUAGCCUACCUCACCACCCCACCUUACCCUGUCCUAGCCUACCUGACCAGCCCAACUAACCCUGUCCCAGCCUACCACACCAGCCCAACUAACCCUGUCCUAGCCUCCCUCACCAGCCCAACUAACCCUGUCCUAGCCCCA